GACUAAGUAGGGACAUCAUGUGCAUGAGCAUAAUUGCAAAACAAAACUUGUUGUCUCUUCCUUCUGUUUGCUUACUAUUCUCUCUCUUAAUGUAGUUUCUGUUUCUAACAUCACUUUUUGGAACCAUUUACUGCUUCUUCUGUAGUGGUGAUUGAACUCACCUUGCUUCUUCUUUUGGAUUAGGAUUUUUGAGUUACAACACAACAUGUAUAAUAAGUACUUCACUCUUUUCUUUAAUGGGUUGGUUUCAUAAAUUAUUCUCCUUCACUCUUUAUGAUCAAGUUUGGAAAUUUAUGAUUGUUCAUUGAAGUUUGCUUCUUGGGGUUCUCUUUUUCUUCACCAAGAUCUACUCCAGCUUCUGGAUUCAUCAAUGGGGAAAGAGCUGGAGUUAGACCUCAAUGACAAAUCUUCUGAAGGUCUGAGCCCGAAUACCGUUCUUCCACCUCAGCAAUAUUGUGUGAAUGUUAAGAAGAGAUCCAAAAAAGGAAAACUUACAGGAAAAGACGAAGUUUUUACCAUAAAGGAGGACUUUGCAGAGAUUAAAUUUGCACGAUUCCGAAGUUCGUCGUGUAAGAGCCGUCUUUCUAGACCUCAUGGAUUGGAAGGUGAUCCAGAAACAAGGAGGGUUUCCAUGUAUCAGAUUUCAGAGGAAGUAAAAAACAUACAGAAAAUGGAGGGAAGGAAAAAGAUAGAAUUUUCAAGGAGGAGUGACAUCUCUUUCUCAAGUAGCAUUGUUGAUUCUUUAUGUGGUUCAGAUGAUGAAGAUUCCAGGCAGAGACCUUCAAAUAUGUCUCAGCAUUCGAAUUCAGGUUCACCGUAUGUUUCCAGGUCCUCGGCUUGCCAAGAACCUGACAAUUCAAAUGGAUUUAUUGAGAUUUGCAUGCAUUCAGAUGUUAAGAAUAAAAAAUCUACCUCAGUAGAACGGAGAGGUUCCGUAAAUUUCAAGUCCAAAAGUGAUGAAGUUGCUGAUUCUAUUAUGAAUGGCAAUUUUCUUCUUCAAAAGGACAAAGUUCACUUACUACAGAAGUCACUCUCUGCUAAGGUGAAAUCCUUUCACUUGCUACCUCCUUUGGAAAGCAAUUUCUCAUCGAGAGCGAGUGCUAAAGUGCGAGUCAACCCAAUCACGAAAAGGAUGAAUCAUUUCACGAAGUCAAAAUCUUUGAGAAGUCCACUGAGUCAUAUCGUGGAAACUAAUGAGGAAAAAUCAAAUGAGACAGCAAACAUGAUAAGCAACAGGACUUAUCAGAAAUAUUUGCUGAAUGACUUAUCUAACACCGGAAAGCAUUCCGACAUUAUUUCUGAGUUUAUCAACCGAGAAAUUCAGUAUUCAGGUAUAGCAUCUUCACCGGUUCACCUGCAUGGUAAUCUCAAGGUGGAAAACAAACAUGGAAUGCCUUUUUUUGAGUUCAAGGUGAAAUGUCCUGAAGAUGUUUUUCUGGCCAAGACAUGUAGAGUAGGUAAUGGUUUCAAUUGGGUAUAUAACUUUCAUUCGAUUGAUAAUAAUAGAAAAAAGAGCAAUGCCACUGUGUUGGAAUCUCAUGAUCUUGACAAAGAUUUCUCCAUAGUAGCAAAGAUGUUAGUUUCUAGUAAUUUAUGUUCUGAACAAGAAGACAACGUAUUUGACAACUCUAUGGUGACAGAAUUUGUGUUGUAUGAUCUUUCACACUCGAGACAUAGUGUUUCUUCCGAAAAGAAGUUAUUUUGUGAACAAGAUGCUUUCAAAACUCAAAAAGCUUCGCGUGUUGGAUCGGAGGAAGAAACUUUCAAGAUAGUUGAAGACAAGCCUCUAUCAGGCAAUGUUGAGUCUGGUGAUUCACAUUCUUUUCCUUUGUUGCCUACUGAAUCCUGUUCAAACCUCGAAAUUGCUGCCAUUGUCAUGGAAAUUCCGUUUUCCAAGAGAGAAAGCUUGAAGUACAAGAGAGGGGAUAGAGUAUAUGGUAAAGAAAGUUCCAACAUAAGCAAUCUUUGUGCAGUGGUUGAUCAGAGAAGAAAGAGUCUUCAUGACAGAAAAAUCCAUGAACAGUUCAAGGUGGUAAUGCCAACUGGAUACCAUGGUUUGCCAAAUGCUGAAUGUCGAGGUCCCUCAUCGUUACUUGAUCGGUUGAGACACGGCGGAGGUUGUGACUGUGGUGGCUGGGACAUGGCUUGUCCCCUUGUACUUUUAGGCAAUCCUAGUAUUCAAUUUGCUGAAGACCAUUCACUUCUAGAGGAAUAUCAACCAUUGGAACUUUUUGUUCAGGGAGCAAAAGAAAGUAGUCCAACUUUCAGCAUGAAAAUGAUUGAAGAGGGUCAUUAUGCUGUUGAUUUUCAUGCAAAGUUAUCCACAUUACAAGCAUUCUCCAUCUGUGUUGCCAUUUUGCAUGGAACUUCAUCCUCCAGAGGUGCAAGGCACGAGAAAAACCAGAAGUUAUCUCAAUGCAGUUCAUUGAAAAUGCUUCUUGAGGAGGAUGUAGAGUGUUUUUUCAAAUCGAUUGCAUCCGAGAAGAAGACUGUGUUCAAGACUCCAAAAGGAAUUCCUAGAUCCUAUGUGACGAACCCACCUUUUUCUCCUAUUGCACGAGUAUAAAUAGUGUUGACUAGGACAUAGAGUUGUUGUGAUUACAUGGAAAAUAUUGCUUGUUGAAGCUGUAAAACAACACCCUCAGAAUUCCUAGAGAAAAUGUGAAGGGGCUGCUGAUAAAGUCUCUGAUAAAGGGUGACUGAUAGGGAUAGCAUGUUAGUCAUUAUUAGGGCUGAAUCUCACUAGAUGAUCGCAGCAAGGUUUGGCAGUCAUUAUUAGUUAGAGGUGUCAAUCAUUCUUUGUAACAAGUUCUUGAAAGUAUAUGGGACAGAAACCCCAAAUUGUUCAUAUUGUAAUAAAACUAUAUUCUGAAAUGAUAAUGAUGGGAAGUGGAUUGGAAUAAA